AUGCGUGAACUUCAAGCUGAUUCCGAAGACGAGGAUAUCAAGUACGCGAACCCCGGCACGCUCUGCGGCGUGCACAAUGUCUACCAGACCAAACCCGACGAGAAUGAGGAGACGUCAUGGUCGAAAGAACUGCCGGAAACUAUCGUCGACCCUGCAGAAGAUGCGGAGUCGGCUCAGUAUGCCCUGAUCGUGCGAAAUGUCAAGUGCUACGAUGGCCGGAAGAGUUUAUCCAUCCACUCCAUCGUCAUCCAAAGUGAAUUCUUGAAGACUUUCCUCGGCAAGGUCUUGGAAGGCUACCCUGGAAUCACAGUUACACUGGAGCGCCUGGAGUUUACCGCUCCUUUCAAGCCCUUGGUCCACAGAUGGGAGGACUUCUUAAAGGCUCGUGAAGAAGAGGAACUGGACGAGACUACGAAGGAGCAUGUGGAUCUUUUGCACAAAAUUCUAGAGGAGGAGCUGCGCGACAUCCUGGCACGAAAGAAGGACCUGAUUCGGAAUGGGGUCAUUACUCACUCUCUACUGUGGACUCUCUUUGAGCCAGAUGAUGUGGUAAUUGCCACCGUAGGAGGUCGCCGGAACGCAUACCUCUUCACCGACGAUGCAAUUAACUGCCGAACCAAGGCGAUAAUUCUCGAAGUCAAAUUUAUUGAGUUUGAUGGUGAUGACUUCGGAUACAGCGACGAUAGAUUCGAAGUUCCUGUCUUCAUCGGCACUACUCCAAUCACAUCUCUGCCUGCCUUCCCCUUGCGCUACCACCCUGACAAGGAGACUAUUCGCGAGAGCUUGAUCGCACGUGGAAAGGUCUGGGAGCAGCACAAGGGGUACCACUACAAGCAAUAUGAGGGCACUGCCACUGGAUUCCUGGAUGACGAUAAAACCAAGAAGUUCCAUGUCAAAAGCCGUAUAAUUAUUGAUACCGAGGCUUUCAACGUUUUCCACCCUCACAAGAGCAUUUGGGUCUGGGGUGAGCUUCCUGAGGAGCUAAGUGAUGAACACCGGCUCGUCGCGUCUUCUUCAGUCUGGGGAUACUCUCUGCGGGACAAGGAGUGGCUGCGGUUCCACCUGGAUAGCACGUCGGAAAUUGAAUGGAACUCGGCUGCCUUUGAGUCCCUCGUCCUCCCCAAAGAGCAGGAGAACCUCAAGGGCCUCAUCCUCGCAUUCGCCAAGUCCCACUCCAUGUCGUCCUUCGAUGAUGUCGUUCAGGGCAAGGGUCGCGGUAUUAUCAUGCAGCUGAGCGGGCCCCCUGGCGUUGGCAAGACUAUGACUGCCGAGAGUGUCGCAGAGGUCAUGCAAGUUCCUCUGUACGCGAUGAGCGCCGGCGAUCUAGGUAGCGAUGCCUAUAAGGUUGAAAAUAACCUCAAGGAUAUCCUCCGCAUGAUUCCCAAAUGGGGCGCCGUCCUUCUUCUUGACGAAGCGGACGUAUUCAUGGAGGCUCGUACCUCAGCUGACCUGCAGCGUAACGAGCUGGUCUCUAUUUUCCUUCGUAUGCUGGAAUACUACGAGGGUAUCCUCUUCCUAACCACCAACCGUGCCGACGAGAUCGAUCCGGCCUUCGAGUCUCGAAUUCAUGUCUCUCUGGCAUACCAGAAUCUUGAUUUCACAUCGCGUCGCCAUGUUUGGUGCCAGUUCCUUGCCCGAUCUGCGAAUACUGAGGUCUUUUCGGAGGAAGAGCUGGAUCGUCUCGCCGCAGUGGAGCUGAAUGGAAGGCAGAUUAAGAAUAUGCUCAAGACUGCGGGUCUUUUGGCUUGGUCACAGAAGAAGCACCUCAACUUUGAGCAUGUACAGACUGUGCUUACCCUUCGCAAGAGUGCUAAGCCUGCAUCGGCUUGA